CUGGCAAUGUUUACAAACGAGACAGGGGCUUCGAAUCGAACGCGAUACUCGGAGCCCGGCUCUUCCUUGACAGCAGUCCUAUCAGGAAGUCAACAUGGCAAGUGAAGAUGAGGAGGAUGAUUACAUGAGCGACAAAAUUCUGCAAAAAAUCGAGGAUGUGCGACCAGGUGUUCCCAUGAAAAAGAAUCAGGAGCGUGAAUUUCAAGUGUCCAAACGGAAAGCAGAGUUAAAUCGUCUGAAUCGAUUCAAGAAGCGUCACGUUCUAGAGGAAGAGCAACGCAAAGAGGGCUUGAGCAAGCCCAUUGAUGAAUCGAACAAAGGGUUCGCUCUACUUUCGAAGAUGGGAUUCAAACCGGGCAUGUCCCUCGGAACUCAAAGCACAAGUUCUCCGGAGCCUGCGCUUGUCGCCCCCAUCGAGGUCAAAAUGAAAACAGACGGUAGAGGGGGUCUCGGUAUGGCUGCGAAGAAAGAAGAAUCUGCGAAGGAGCGACUACAGAAGCACCUCGAAGAGGCUUCGAAAAGGGACUGCUCGAAAAUGGCCAAAAACUUCCGCAAAGAUAAACAGAGCCAAUACGACGACCGAGCUUUGCGCGGCGAUGUACAGAAGAGUCAACGUGCUUGCCGGCAGCUCGAACUCGAAUUAGGUCUCACCAGACCGAAAAAGAAACAUUUCUGGCCGCCACAGCCGGAGGAGGAUGACGAUCAAGAAUCUUCUGAUGUCAACGAUGACGAUAGCCCGAAUGACGACGAACCAGCAGAUGAGAGUGAAGUGCUUCGAGAUUUGACGCAUCACUUGAGGUUCCAGUACUUUUACUGCAUUUGGUGUGGAUGUAAAUAUGAAGAUAGCGAUGAUUUGGAGAAAUCCUGCCCGGGAGAUUGUCGAGAGGCUCACGAUGAGUGAUGCCAGCCCUCGUGAUUCCGCUCGAGCACUCCUGGGAGUACAGAACCACGUCCGAGCAGUUGUG